UCGUCUCUUCCUGUGGGCACCGGCCGGGGACUGCGCCUCUCUCCCUCGGGCCCCUGCGCCGGUCUCAGCGCCCUUGGCACAAGCCUGGCCCAUCUGCUGCUGCAGCCGCCCUUCCAGCCGGGCACAGGCAGGGUCUCCACAAAAGGAUGGGUUGCCAAGGACUUCUCAGUUUUGGAAAGAAGCUGCUUCGCCGGAAAGUUGUGGACUGGACCAGAGAUGAGAGCCAGCUGUCACGAUGCCUCAACACUUUUGACUUGGUAGCUCUUGGUGUAGGUAGCACACUUGGUGCGGGCGUCUAUGUACUGGCUGGAGCAGUGGCACGAGAAAACGCGGGACCUGCGAUUGUUAUCUCUUUCUUGAUUGCCGCAUUGGCUUCUGUGUUGGCUGGACUUUGUUAUGGAGAAUUUGGUGCUAGAGUUCCAAAGACUGGGUCUGCUUAUCUCUAUAGCUAUGUGACUGUGGGUGAGCUGUGGGCAUUCAUCACUGGAUGGAAUUUAAUUCUUUCUUAUGUGAUUGGAACAUCAAGCGUGGCCAGAGCAUGGAGCGCGACGUUUGAUGAACUCACAGGCAAGCACAUCGAGCGCUUCUGCCAAAAGCACAUGACCAUGAACGCUCCGGGGGUGCUAGCAGAAUAUCCAGACAUCUUCUCCGUGUUCAUCAUCUUCAUCUUAACAGGGCUUUUAACUUGUGGAGUGAAAGAAUCUGCAAUGGUUAACAAAAUAUUCACCUGCAUCAACGUUCUCGUCCUCGGCUUUGUUAUGGUGUCAGGUUUUGUGAAGGGAUCAGUCAAAAACUGGCACCUCACCAUCGACGACAUCUAUAACACGACCAAUGAUUCACCUAGAAACAAUCAAACACAGGUAGGAGAUCUGGAGCGUGGCGUUGGGGGCUUUAUGCCCUUUGGAUUCAGUGGAGUCCUCUCGGGGGCGGCCACAUGCUUUUACGCCUUCGUAGGAUUUGACUGUAUUGCCACCACAGGCGAAGAAGUGAAAAACCCUCAGAAAGCGAUUCCCAUUGGCAUCGUCGCCUCACUCCUGAUCUGCUUCGUUGCUUACUUUGGCGUGUCAGCUGCUCUCACGCUCAUGAUGCCCUACUACUUGCUUGAUCCAAACAGUCCUUUACCCAAUGCAUUCCAAUACGUGGGCUGGGAGGGUGCCAACUAUGCAGUGGCCGUUGGUUCACUUUGUGCCCUUUCUACUAGCCUUCUUGGCUCCAUGUUUCCGAUGCCUCGAGUAAUUUAUGCUAUGGCAGAAGAUGGACUGCUGUUUAGAUGUUUGGCUACGGUCAGCAAGAGGACCAAAACCCCAGCAAUAGCUACGGUAACUUCAGGGGCUGUGGCAGCUGCCAUGGCCUUUCUUUUCGACCUGAAAGAUCUUGUGGAUCUUAUGUCCAUCGGGACCCUGCUGGCUUAUUCCAUGGUGGCUGCCUGUGUAUUGGUACUGAGGUACCAGCCAGAGCAGCCUAACCUGGCCUACCAGAUGGCUAGUACAACGGAGGAGCCAGACACCAAUGAGUCUGCAAGCACCAGUGAAUCGCAGGCUGCGUUUCUGCCUGAAGAGGAGGAGAAAUAUUCCAUAAAAGGCAUUCUGUUUCCCCCAAACUCAGAUCCCUCCAGACUCUCUGGUUUGGUGGUGAACAUCUCAUCUUGUAUCAUAGGUUUACUUAUUGUCAGCUGCUGUAGCUUUACUGUCCUUGGCAAAGACCUGCUGAUAAAAGGGACUGCGGGGGCUAUCGUCAUGAUUGCCGUGCUCGUUCUCCUUUGCCUCAUUGUCAGUUUAAUUAUUUGGAGACAACCUGAAAGCAAAACCAAGCUCUCGUUUAAGGUACCUCUUUUGCCUUUACUUCCUAUUCUGAGUAUUUUUGUGAAUGUUUAUCUCAUGAUGCAGCUGGAUAAAGGGACCUGGAUACGGUUUGCUGUCUGGAUGUUCAUGGGCUUUAUCAUUUACUUUGCAUAUGGAAUGGGGCACAGCGUGGAAGCUCCAUAUUCAGCACCGUCAGAUCCAGAAAGAAACACGGACACCAACUCGGACAGCGGUAAAUGAUAGCGUGUUCGGCUGACAAGCAACCCAACUGUCGCUUCAGAUGAGGAAGCUUCAUCUCGGGGACCCUGAACUACUUCCUCAGUCAAUGUGUGCAGCAGAGCAUGGGAUUCCCAGCCCUGCUUGCUGCAACUUGAAGCUCGCUUUACUUUGAUGAUGCAGUUAAAAGGGAUCCCAAGAAAAACGCCGCACCUCUGGCAUACACCCAACAACACUGUUCCCUGAAGCUGCCGGCGCUCGCUCUCUCUUCUAUUUUAAAUGUAUAGAAAGAAAACCGCUCCUCUGUGUGCCAGUUAACCUUCAAUGCUGCUAUUAGACUAGGCCUCCUGAAAGUCCUUCUUUCAGUAGCCCUGUGAAUUAACUCCCUAGGUACUUGUUUGUAAAUGGAGCAGACUCUGCAAUGCUAAUGUCGUUCCUAGAUCAGAUCCUUGGAUCAAGUGAUGUGGGCUGUAUCACAAAAAAAAAAAAAAAAAAGCCUCUCACCAAAAAUAAUCUCCCAUCUGGUUUCGAAGUGCCUACAGUGAGUUACAUGUUAAAGAAAAGCAUCCAGUGGUUUUAUUUUAAUUGUAUUUAACUUCUGAAUAGGUACUUGUAUACUUUAAAAUGCAGCUUUGCCAUGAUGUUUAGGGGAGCUGCUCUUAGGCUGAAUUCCCUUUUCCUUCAUGCAGCUAGUACAGACAAAUGCUUCUGUGAAUAACAGACCCCAUCGCUCACUAGAGGGGCCUCCAGCUGUAGCUGUAAAUCUGCUCGGUGUAAGUAGUUCAGUGGUGCUAGGCGCAGGUGUCUCCAAAGAGCCCUCCGUUAAAGUCAAUGGAGAUAGUCCUGAUUUAUGCCCGUCAGAGUUAGAAGAGAAGCUGACCCUGGGAGUUUGCUUUUGACUUCAAUGGGCACAACAGGUUGAAGCCUGUAGAAAAUGACGCACAAAAGAGUCUCACGGUACUCAAAAUUCUGUGGGGGAAAGUAUCUGAGACUCUCCUGGCUCCUGCCAGCUCUCCCAAGCAACCCCCGUGUGCAAUGUAAAAUGUCCCCUUAGCCAUUCACACAAUGGAGCAUGGCACCUCCUGCCCAGCAAGGCUGAGGUAAGCUGAAAGGCCUGAUCAACGCUGGUAAGUGUAAGCAGUUAAACCCAGUGUGUGGACACGCUUAUUCUGGUAUACAAGUGACUCUUUUUGGUUGUGCUUACAUCCCUUCCCAAGCAAUGUACACUAAAAUGAAAAAAAGGGACUCCUAUGCCAGAGUAAGUGUGUCCCCACAGGAGUUAUACUUGUGUAAUUAUAUCGGGUUACAUUCACUCCUUUGCUUUUGCUGAAAAAACUUUCCAGGAGUGGACAAUUCCUUAUGGUGAAAGUCUUCUCUCCCACCCUGAGCAGAGCUCUGUCUAUGUAUCUCAGGUAUCUAUAAGGGCCCCAUUACUAUAAUGUCUGAGCACUCCACAAACUUUAAUGUGUUGGUCCUUAUAAUGCCCCUAUGUUAUCCCCAGAGUGGAUACUAAACCUAUACCUGUUUAUACCUCAAGCUGGGGCUGUGAUUCCCAGCAGCUCCAGGAGACACACAUGUGCUAGCCUGAAUGUAGCUACAGCGGUGUGAGGGGUUAGUCACCCAAAGGAUGUGCCUAGGGUUUUGCAUGGGAUUGUAUUCAGGCAGCUUGCACCUCCUGCCACUUCAGCUAUACUGAGAGCUAGCCACAGGUAUGGCUCCUCAAGCUGAGAAGCAAACCCCCAGCUCACAGUGUAGCUGUCCCAAAGACCAUACAGGCAGUCUGGCAUGCAGCAUGGAAUAGAACCCAGGUCUCCCGCUAGUGACCUAACCACUUGACCAUCCUUCCACCUGUUACACCGAGGAGGGCUUAAAUGGUGUAGAGCAGCGGUCUCCAAACUUUAUGAGCCGAGGGCCAUAUUAGCUUUUUGAAGGGGCUUCGCGGGCCGAAGCGACUGUGAAAGAAAUGAAAUAUAUGCAAAACCGUUAAAAAAAUUGUCAGUAUUGCUUUAAAUUGUAAAUCAGGCUCCCCUUUUUGGGUCUCUUCUGCCCCGUGCCUGCUCCCUUCUCCCUGUGCCUGCUCGGCAUGCCUGCUCUGCUGGAGAAAAUGACACAGGACUGAAAGUUUGGCUGCACUUUGGUAAGAAAAGCUCCAGGUUCCCAUUGUUGGUUGGGACUGUUUGGUUCUAUUAGUGCUGUAGUUAAAAUUUAACCAUUAUGAAAUUUGUUAAUUUCUAUCUUUUUUACUCCAUUUAUUGGAGAUGUAAUUAAGCAUCUGGCUUGUAUUUUUACUCUAAGGCAGGGGUCCGUGCCUGCUCAGCUGCAGCAGCAACUCUCCCCUAACUUGGCUCCCCUUUUGGGGGGACACUGGCUGCUGGGGGCACUCACCCCUCCGCACAGCUCAGCUGAGACCCCCUCCCCCGGUGCGAGCUGCUGCCGGCGGCCCCUCCCCUUGGCUGCUCGGCAUGCCUACUCAGCUGUUCGCUUGUCCCUUGUUGGUUGGAGGGCCAGACAAAUGGAAGCCCCAGGCAGGAUCCGGCCCGCGGGCCAUAGUUUGGAGACCCCUGGUGUAGAGACUUUGUCCUGGCUUUCUGCACAGGAGUGAAUUUAACCCAUAGCCCUUUUUUGUAGGACACUGCUGAUCUGCCACAGGUUCAGAAUUUGUCUAGUGCCAUUUCAGUGAUAACAGUUGGUGGGACUUCAGUAACACACGGAUCAUUUUAACACUGUUCCAUGUGCUGCUUAUUGUACGAAAUAAAGACCACGUCCUACUCUUGGAGCUAUACAAUGGCUCUUGACUGUCGGUCAGGUCUCUUCUUUCCUCAGACAUGUGAAAUUCCAAGAGCUCCACUCAAGUGAGAAGGAAGAAUGUCAGACUGUGCAGUUCUCAUCCUUUUAUCCUAAACGGAGACACUCUUAGUACACUUCACAUGCUCAAAAAAAGCACUGAUGUCAGAGAAAACCACUGAUGUCAGAGAAGGGAACGUUUCCUGUGGUACCAAAAACAGCUGAGUGCUUUCUUCAACUUGGGCUACAGCUUUUAAGCAGUUGUUAAAUUUAGCACUGCAUGACUAUCUGAAAGGGGUGAGCGCUGGCUGAAAGGUGGGUUUUGAAAGGAAAACUAUUUAAAUUUAGGCAGAUUGCUUGCUGUAAAAAUGUUUUGAUAAAUGUUAACUUAUUUUUUUUUGUCUUGCAUUUUUUGUCGUCUUUGGGACCUGCUUGGUCUUCAUGUUCCACUGCUUUAGCUCAGCGAAUUACACAUAAAGUGUCGAAAAUAGCAGCACUUAGAAGAAAAAGGAAAUUUUUGGUGGGAGAUCAUUUUUCUUUCAUUUCCUUUUCUGUGAGAAAGUUCAGAGGAAAAAAAAUCCUAUUUAAUUAUAACCGGCAGUUAAAUUAUCUCUUAUGUACACAUGUCCAAAGUUUUCUUUCACAAGUUGAAAGGCAAAGUUCCGCCAAAAACUUUCUAGGAUAAUGACACUGAUUGUGCUAAAUAUAUGAAGCCCUUUUUUCUCCCUCUGAUGUCCAAAUGUACCAUAGCUCAAGCUGCGUAUCAGGGACGACAUGCAAAUACUGCUGUAAUCUUGCUGUUGUGAAGAACAUGCCUGCAUUGAGUUGAGCUGCUUUUUGUAAAUAGUUCAGUAAUUAUUCUAUGUUUAUAAGAGUAUUUUGUAUAGCUGCCAGAGCUUUUCUCUGUAUAUAAAGUUGGGUGUAGAAAUGAUGCCUUCUUUGGGAUAACGAAAGCAAGAAGAAUUGGCCACUUUUUUUCAAAGGAGAGGCCGUGGCAAAUGUGGCCAGUCGGAAUUUUCAAGGCAGCCUCUUCCCUCAGGAAUUUGAUCUCAUUUGAACUCUAUUUGCUCAUACAUAUCUGAGGGAAGGUGCUUUCUAGGGGAGACCUGUAGAUGUUUAUUUUUAGGUAUAGUCACUAGAGCCUCUUAACAUUUUUCAAAUGAAAACUUAGGUCAAAAAAUGGUCUGUUUCAAAAAGAGGUAUUUUUAUGUGCGAAACCUAUUAGAUUUUUUUAAAAAUAUUUUUUCUUUGAAAAUGGUAAAUGAAAAAUGUAACCUGUUGGGUUUUGUCUUCAUUUUUCCUCUUUGUUUUCCAUUACUGUUGAGUUCCUCAUGUAUGUGUUGAGGUGCUGAUUUCUUCUUGUUACUCUUUGCAGUCUUUAUCAUCCUGAGUUGUUGAUUUUUAUUUCUUACUUGCCACUAUUGAUUGAUCACCUUAGUUGCUUAGUGGGAUUUUUUUUUUCCAAAUUAAAAAAUAAAUCACUUUUGAAAACUACUGAUUUAAAAAAAUGCAGUGGAAAAAUUUAGAAAAAUAAAACAUCAGCUUGCUUCAAAAAC